AUGUUAUUGAUAGAUGAUCAUGGUUCAGAAUUGAUUAGAGCUAAAAUGAGAAUUUGUAAUACUUAUAUUUCUCUAUUAGGAAGGAUUUCACAGCAAGAAGCAAAAUCAGUAGAGGAUGAGCAAAAAGUAGAUGAUGAAUAUCUAAUCACUAUCGAAGGUAUCGAUUUCUAUGAUCAUAAUUCAUUGAUAAACUUCAACAGAAUCUAUAAUCUAUAUUAUCAAUGUUUGGAGAGUGGAAAUGAUAGUUUAAGAUCACAAUGUGUAAAGUUCUUUGUAGACUAUCAUAAGUACAAGUUUAUUCAUUAUUUCGAUGUUCAAGGUUAUAUCAAGUUCAUUGUCGAUGUCUUCUUUGAUCCCGAGUUCGAUGUAUUCAGCAACAUGUCAUCGUUUUACACUGGUUCUCAUUUACCAACGAUAGAGGAUAUUUACAAUAGAAUAAUCAAUGAUAAAAGAAAACUAAAUGAUAAUGAUCACCAAUUAAAGAAAAGAAUAGAGAUCUAUCAAGAAUGUUGUUAUUUCUCGAAAUUAGUUAGUUUGAAAUUCGAUCAUACCUACUUCUAUCAAAAGAUAUUGAAUCCAAGCAAUGAUAAUACAGUUCAAGAACAAAUCAAUCAAAAUGAUGAAAUACAAUUGAAGAAGAAUACAAAUACCAUAUCAAAGAUACUUUCAAAUAGUUAUUUCGAUUGGCAUGGCUCCAUGAAUCUUGAGAGUGAAUAUUCACUUGUCAAAUCACCACCAUUCUACUUUGAUUAUGAAUGGAUCAAGUUCAUCAAAUAUGGUUGGAGUACCGAGCGUAUCAAUCAAAUGUUUGAAAGAGUCGAACUUCUUUUAAUAUUCUCUGACGAAUAUGAUCGUGAUAGAAGCGGUAGCAAAUCAGUGCAAAGAAGAUAUUUUCGUAGUCAAACAUUCUCUCAUUAUGAUCAAGAGCUUUAUUGUGAUUCUAUUGAACACGAUGGUUACUUGGCACACCUUCCAGCAAUGCCGAAUCUAAAGAGAAUCUAUUUCGGUGAAUACUAUGGAUAUAAAUCGAACUACAGUUCAUUUCUAACAUCGAUAUUGAAGAACACACCGAAUGGUGAUGGUCAUGGUAUCGAAUCAAUCGAAAUCAGUAUCCACAAAGAUUGGCUCGACAAUCCAACCUAUUCUAACUUGGACUUCCUUGAAACACUGUUACGAUUACACUCAAACACAUUGAAAUCAAUCGAAAUUAAGUAUAUAUGUUCAUGUGAUGAUGAUAUGGUGGGAUUAAUUCGGAUAUUGAAAGAGUUCAUUCCAACAAUCGAAGAACACAGUUUCUCAUUCAAAUUAUGUGCCAACUAUGAAAAACUAGAAAGAGCUUGUAAAGAUGAUAAAGAUAGAAAAACCCCCAUUUUGCUUUGUCUCUUAGUACUGAAUAUUAGAACGCUGCUUUCAAUACUCUUAAGAAUCAUAUUUUCAAUUCUUCUACUUAUUUGUUUAUGUAUUCUUGUCUACAAUCUCAUCUACACUGUCAUUUAA